UUGAAAUUCGAAAAUCAGCAGAGGAAAUGGAGAGAGCGAGAAAGAUAAAAAGAGCGAAAGUAAACGGGAAGUCGUCGUCGUCCUCAGCUUCUCCGGAAAGUCCAGACCGGUCUCCUAAAUCAAACAAAACAACUUCGGCUUCAGCGUCCAAACACAAAAGCGGUUACAAGUAUAAGAAGCCAAUAGCCUCCGCUCUCAUUCUGUCUCCAUCGCCACCACCAGCUCCUAUGAAUUUCGGUAAUAAAACCCUAAGCAACAUAUCAGAUCUGAAGGAAAUGGCGUCUUCGCGUUUGGAUGAUCUGAAACGCAAUCUCAUCGAACGUUCUCACUCUGAGAUUCUUAAGGAUCUCGAAGCUUCUCAUUCUCGUCUCCACAAACGUUUCAAGAUUCAGACACAAACAUGCCAGCAAAUGAUGGAUGAAGCAGAGAAGGAAUACAAGAAGAUGACAGAAAGAAUUAACAAAAGUCAGGAAGCAAUGAAGGCUUCAUAUGUAGAGAUCAUGGAGGAUGCACAAGCCACUGCUUCUAGUAGUAAUAUUUUAUUGCUUCUUUUGUUUAUAUUUGAAUAUUUUUUGCUAAUAUGAAGCUCUAUGUGUCCUAUACUGAGAAGUGACACUGUUUGGAUGAUAAUUUUAGUUUGAAAUGUU